AUGCUCAAACUUGAAAACCUGAAUUACGCAAGUCCUGCAACAGUCAUCUUUCAGAGGUUGACUGUCAUGAUGACUGAAUCUAUAUUGUUUCUGGCUGCUUGGAGAUUCGCAAAACAUUCCAAUCGACAUGUCUUGAUUCAGCUAGCUCUAAUAUUUCUCAAUCCUGGACUGAUGAUUGUGGACAAUAUCCAUUUUCAGUAUAACGGGUUUCUAUACGGGUUGCUCGUGUUUUCGAUAGACUCAAUCCUCGAAGGCAAUGUGCUGAUUGGAGCUGCCGCUUUUACUAUCAUGCUCAACAUGAAGCACAUCUUUCUCUAUAUCGCACCUGCAUACUUUGUCUACUUGCUUCGACAGUAUUGUUUUACACAGCAAGGCUCAUUCUCAAUACAGCGCUUCAUUUCCCUGGGUAUGGUUGUAUUGAGUGUCUUUAUGGUAUCUUUUGGUCCAUUUUAUGACCAAUUGCCACAAAUAUUGUCUCGGUUAUUCCCAUUCAAACGUGGCUUAUGUCACGCUUACUGGGCACCAAACUUUUGGGCAUUGUAUGCUUUUGCUGAUCGUGUGCUAGUGCGAGUUGCAAAACUUUUGGGGCUCUUAUGGAUUAAAGAACUUCCUACACUAACUCGUGGACUGGUUGGAGACGUGAGCUUUGGAGUACUGCCCAAUAUUACACCACUGCAUACGUUGAUUGCAACGGUGUUGUCUCAAGUGCCCAGCAUAAUUCGAGUCUGGCAGUCACCUACUCCAGACGAAUUCAUACACUCUAUAACAAUGUGUGCUUUUGGAUCAUUCAUGUUUGGAUGGCAUGUCCAUGAAAAGGCAAUAUUGCUGGGAAUUGUACCAUUCAGUUUGAUAGCCACCAAGUCAGAGAAGCAUGCUAGGCUCUUCUAUCUGCUGAGCAUUGCUGGAUCGUUUUCAUUGUUUCCACUCCUCUUCAAAGCAGCAGAGGGACCAAUUAAGCUCUGUCUACUAGCAUUGUUUGCAAUGCUUGGAUAUCAUGCUCUAGGAAGGUAUACUUCCGCCUUUUGUUGCAUCUCCUUUAUGUGCCGUCAUAAUUCUGCCACCUCAUCUUAA